GAAGAGUCCAGUGAAGAGCUGGGGAGGGAUGAGCGUGAGUUGGAGACAGGCAAGGAAGGGGAGAUUGAGCCAGAAGAGGAUGAACCCCCAGAGAUAGGAGAUGAGAAUUUGGAGGUAACCAGCAAUAUGAUGAAGCAGGCUGAUGAAAAGAAGGUGGCUUUUGAUACGGUGAGAAGAGGUGAAUUUCAAAACACUGUUCAGCUCUUCACUGAUGCCAUCAAACUGAACCCAUGGCUUAGUGCUUUGUAUGUCAACUGAGCCAGUGUCUUUGUACCAUUGCAAAAGCCAACUGCUAUCAGAGACUGCGACAAAGCCAUAAAAAUCGACCCAAAUUCCGCACAUCCAUGCAAGUGGAGAGGGAAAGCAUUUCAGUUCCUGGAUCACUGGCAGCAGGCUGCCAGGGACCUUGCACUGGCCUGCCAGCUGGACUAUGAUGAAGAUACCAAUAACAUGUUGUAGGUGGUUCAGAGAAGAGUCCAGAAAAUUUCCAGGCACAAAAAAAAGUAUGAGAAACAAAACACAAAGCAACCAUUGGAUGUAUUGCCAAGGGUAGGGAAAUCUAUGGCAGAAGAGGAGAGGGAUCGGGUUCCGACUUCUCAAGAAAAGGAAGAAGCACAGCUUCAGGUUCACCUUUGGACCUCCCAGGAAGCUGAUAAUGACUCUUGUAGGGAAUCUGAGCAAAAGCCAUAUCCAGUAGAAGAGAAUAAGUUUUACAGGGAAGAUCCAUGUAGAGCUGAGGGGGAAGAAAAGGCCAGUGGAGAAUAA